GGACAUUGUGACCGAGGACCAAAUGAGAAAAGGACAAUUUCUAAAGGACAUAUUCUUAAAGGAUAUUUUUCUUGAAGGACAUUUUCUAAAAAACUUAAAUUGGGGGACAUUUCGUCAAGGACAUUUUCUAAAGGACAUCUGGGACAGUUACCGUAAUGUUUAUAUAUCGAAAUUCGGUUAGAUUCAAACGCAAAUGAGCCAAACGUUUUCUAUAAUCAUGUAUUUUAAAGUAAUAUAUUCUUUUGUAUAGAGGGUGGAAACUUUCUCGGAGAACAUGUUAGUAUAUCAAUGGAUCGUCUCCGUCAAUCUUUAGGUUUAAUGGCUAAACAUUUGAAUGUUUAAAUAGCUCAACUAAUUACACCUGAAUUCAGUAAUGGUCUUCCUGUAUGCUUAAUUGGAAAUAAAGAUCGAUCGGUUAAUAUUGGACUUAAAUCACUUCAGUUAUGUGGUAAUUCAAUAAUGCCCUAUUUAGUCUUUCUUGGUCAAUCAAUGGCUGAUAAAUUUCCUAUGCAUGCUGAACAAUACAAUCAGAAUAUUAAUUCUAUGGAAUAUAUGUCAGCUCUACUUGCUCCUGUUGAUUUACGUGCCAAAAUUGAUCAAAAUACUUAUGAUCUACGUUUGUUUCUUUCGAAAGCAACUAUUCCUACAUAUGAAGCAGUUCGUACUGUCAUUCAGGCUGAUAUUGAUCCAUCACAUCCUUAUAUAUGGGAUGAUGAUGAACGUUCAAUAGACAAAAACAUUGCUCAACUUACCACUUCACUCACCGAUGAGAAAGGACCUUUGCUUUACGACCAACGAUAG